AGAAAUUUGAAGUUAAGAUACCCGUCGUAUAUAAGAAAGCCCAACGGUGAUUAUUUUUCUCAUAUGCCAUACACACCUACUACGAGUCGAACGCAGCAUAAAUUGAUGUUGCAGCGGCAAUCGUUUCUAGCUGACGACAAAAACUACAUCAAUCAUCCGGCCAAUAUGAGGAAACUAACUCAGGAAAUGCAUCGGAUAAGCAGAGAAUACCAGUUCCUUCGGCAAUUUGAGAAUCCAUGGAUGGCAUCCCUGAAACGCGUCAUGGCCUCUCGCCCACAGCAACUACCACCAGGGCAACAUAACCAUACCGAAAUGAAUAGCCACUAAACUACGGAGACAUCCAUCGUUACGGAACACCUUUUGAUUAGAAAUCGUUAUCGCAAAUAUAAAAAGAGACAAAUAUGAGAGAGGCCAGUCCCAAGAUACAAGCCUUCGUGUAUCAGAGCAAUCUGGGCCUUUUUUCUUUUGUGCAUGGGCCAAUACUAUUUAAUCGUCGUAAAACAACAAAAAAGGAGAAAAGAUGAAGCCAGG